GUCCGCUAUAAAACACCAGCGUCACCCCGGGCGUGCCAGACUUGCUGUCAUUACUGAUCUGGAAUAACAAGUCGACAGUGACACUUAUCCUCAUCCACACCGGCUCCAUUUGAUCUUGACUUAACUCAAGAAAGAAACUUCAGUGCAAAUAACUAUGGACUCCGAUGCGAGCCGAGUAUCCAGCCGGCCAUCCUCCCCUGAGGCGGACGAUAUUUUCCUCUCCAUGAAGAAGUCGGUCGGCUUUUCUGGCGCUGUGUCAUCCACACAGAGCGACUCUCCACCCGACCACAUCGGGGACCUACGGGGGAUAUCUAGCGCGGAGGAAGAGGCGAUGUCCCUGAAGAUGUACAAGAAAGAUCGCAAACUGCUCACCGAGAACGAGCUGCAGACCAUGCGCUUGAAGAUUAACAGCCGCGAGAGAAAACGCAUGCACGACCUCAACAUAGCCAUGGACGGGUUGCGCGAGGUGAUGCCCUACGCUCACGGGCCCUCCGUGCGCAAGCUCUCCAAGAUCGCCACACUUUUGCUUGCGCGAAACUACAUUCUCAUGCUGAGCAACUCACUGGAAGAGAUGAAGAGGCUCGUGAGUGAGAUAUAUGGCGGAGGCUCCGCCGGCGGACACCACGCGGGGUUCCACCCUUCUGCGUGUGGGGGCUUGACGCACUCUGCAGGCCCGUUACCGACUCACCCGGCGGUCUCCCACGCCUCUCACCCGGUUCAUCACCCUCUUCUCCCGCCUGCAGUGUCUACGGCUUCCCUCUCAGCGCCAGUUAUCUCAGCAGUGGCCUCAGUUAGAUCCCACCAUGGACUUCUGAAGGCGCCAUCAGCCGCAGGCCCUCUCGGUUCCGUGACCAGCUUCCAGCACUGGGGCGCCGGGAUGCCCUGUCCGUGCAGUAUGUGUCAGGUGCCCCCUCCACACGUGUCUAUGACCACUUCGAGUAUGGCACGGCUCACAUCCGACUCCAAAUAACUUUUUAUGUCCUCAGCGGCCAAGAGGAAUGGACAGAAAUUAAAACAAUCUGUUGCUCUGAUCCCGGCCAGUGGCGAAGGAUCAGUAAUCCAUUCUCAUGUUUCUGUGACUGAACUGUAUAUGGACCGAUAUUUACAAUGAAACAAUAUUUACAAUGAAACUUGGAUAAACGCCUCUAACAUAGAAUUUUCUAACCUUUCUUCAAAAUAGUUCCAUUAUAAUUAUUGUGAUACUUUCAUAUGCUGUCUUUGAAAUAGCAGAAAUAUAAUUCCCAAAGAGGUGGAAUGAGAUCCCAUGACUAACCGAGUGGAAAACGGUAUUGUGUAGCAUUAGUCAGUUAUAUUUAUAAGUCGAUUACUGGUGUUAGAUCUAUUCGAAUGCUGCCACGUUUCAUGCCGGCAUUUGGGGAAAUCAUCUGAUGCUCGGUCGUAAAUAGGUCUCAUCAUAAACAUGAAUGGACAUUACAUUAUACCUGUAAAUAUGUAGAUUCAGAAUUGUGUUUAUAGAACGAGAGAUUUUAUAUUAGACUCCUUGGCUAAAUAGUAGGGUCAACAUCGUGUAGAACAGCACGGGCUCUAUGUUUCCUAAGUCAUAUUCUCUCUGGUUUCUUUCCUCGUUUCCUCUUUAAGGAUUCUUCUUCCUUACAUCUUUAAGAAAGAACUCUCUCUCUCUCUCUCUCUCAUUUGAUUUGCAUACUGUCACUGCCCGACGAAAAGAAUGAUCACCUCUUUAUUUUUUAUAUAAAAGUGCGAAAUGAUAUUUAUUUACAUAUUUUCGACUGAACAGAAAAUGAAUGCACGGCGAAUUGUGUUGAUUUGAAAUGUGAAAUAAAAGUUUUACUGGAAA